UUGCCAGUUCCUUCAUCUAGCCCUUCUCCGACCUCAGUCUCUGUACCGAAGUUGCACCUAAUCGACUCCUAACAUUGAUACAUUCGUAUCCGGAAGCAUGAAGAGCCGAGCGCGUGCCGAGCUGUCAUCGCCUAGCUUCCUCAUUCUCAUACUUCUAGCUCUCUUCUCGUACACUUUGCCGGGAAUCUCCGCCCAAGAAGUCGAGGACGAGAGGGAGUUCGACUAUGAAGUAGGAGGCGAGAAGGGGCCUUCCCACUGGGGAGAGCUAAAGGAAGAAUGGGAAGCUUGCAAGAGCGGAAGAAUGCAGUCCCCGAUCGAUAUGUCGAGUCAGAGGGUGAAGGUCAUCCUGAAGUCGAGCCUCCUUAAGAAGAAUCACUUUCCGGGGAACGCCACCAUCAAGAAUAGGGGCCACGACAUUUCGGUGCAAUGGGAACUGGGGAAGGCGGGAUCGAUACGGAUUAACGGGACAAGAUACUUUCUGCAGCAAUGCCACUGGCACUCUCCCUCCGAGCAUUCCAUCAACGGCAGAAGGUAUGACAUGGAGAUGCACAUGGUUCAUGUAAGCCCCAAUCCGACUGUUAAGAACAAGAUUGUCGUCCUCGGUCUCCUCUAUCAAUCCGGGGCCCCCAACCCUUUCAUCUCUAAGCUGAUGGGGCACGUCAGGUCCAUGAUUGACAAGCAUGAAGAGAGGACGAUGGGAGUGAUCAAUCCCGAAGAUAUAAAGAUGGGUGGCAAGAAAUAUUACAAGUACAUGGGCUCCCUCACUGUUCCACCCUGCACCGAAGGUGUCAUUUGGAUCAUCAACAAGAAGCUCAUGACUGUUUCAAGGGAUCAAGUCGCUCUGCUUCGGGAAGCUGUUCAUGAUUAUGCAGAAAACAAUGCGAGACCUUUGCAGCCGCUCAACAAACGAGAGAUCCACCUCCAUGUCCCGACUGAGUAAGAGCACUCCACGGAAGUACAGCCCUCCCGAUUCAACACUUGCCGCUAUUUUUUUGCUUCUUUUGUUUGUUAAAUAUUGAUUAGCUAUAGAUAGAGAGAUACGCGGGGAGGAAAAGGUGAAAGUUUUCUGGGGGGAGGUUCUUCAUCUACCAGGUUGUGUAAAGAACUUCAUAUGAUGUUUACAUUCUCCAUACCAUUCUUAUUCUAUGUCUAUUGAAGAAAUUA